AUGUGGAAUAUUGUGAUGGGUCUAUGUUGUUCAUCUGAAAAUACACUACCCUCUUCCUCUCUACCUUUAGAAUGGUGUAGUGGCAUUACAAACCAAGAGGAUUCAAACGAGGUUCAGUCUAAUAAGCUGUCUAUAGACUCACAUGAGCUAGAGAAUAUGGUGAAAUUGUUUACAAAGAGAGCAAUCAAUGGUGUUUCCUUAAGUAUUUAUGAUAAAACAAGUCAAUCAUUUGUAGAUGGUAAAUACUUUAUUAAUAGAAAUUUAGGAAUCUUGACACUAAAAACUGUAACUGAGACAGUAAUUAUUCCGUUUAAGGCAGUAAGUAUUAUUCAAUUUUAG